AUGGGUGACGACUACUUGUACGAGUUUGCAUCGAACAAUCCAACUUCUGCUCCAAAUGCAAAUGGACUUCUCACAUUGAUUCGUAAGGAUUGGAAAUAUACAUCGGAAGUUACGGUUACCAAUGGAAUUCUUGAUCCCGAGAAAGGCGAAGCGAUUCAAAUUAUUACAAUUCCUUCAAAGAAUAUCCAUUUAGUUAAUCUACAUCUUGAUUAUAUUCAAAGAGCAUCACAGGCAAAAAUGGUGAAAGAUAAAUGCAAUGAGUUGCUAGGUGCUAUUCAUUCUAUGACUGUCAUGGCUGGGGAUUUGAAUGCUGAAACAGAAGAGUGCGAUAAGUUCGACUGGAUUGGUUAUGAAGACGCAUUCCGCGAAUCAAUUGAAGGUGCGAGAAUUCCAUCCUACUAUCCCGACCCUAAACACGGACUGCGCAACACAGCCAUUGAUCAUGUUUUUUAUGAUCCUAAUCAAGUUACAUUAAUUCAACAUGGGAAAGCAUGGGAUGCUCUAGACCGAUCGCUCGAAGAUUCAUUAAAGCUAUUUGGAAAUGGAAAAUACUUUCGUCCAUCGGCUGCUGAGUUAAGCGAUCCUCUUGUUUAUCCUGUGCGGUCAACUUAUGGCGUCAAAGCAAUUCAAUCUGAUUUUUGGAAUCUGACCGAAGUAGUAGGAAGCGGAGCAGGUGGAAUUGCCUUGAAUUUUGACUGGUCUACUCAUCAAUGGAACCAAAAGUUUGCACCAUGUACUGGUAGUGACAUUCAGUACGAAGGUCAAUGUUUUACAUCACCUCGUGAUGAUUAUGCAAAAGCAGUUACCGAUCAAAACCUAACAAUAACUGCCAUUCUGAUUAGUUCACCACCAUGGUCGCGUAAACAAAAUGUCAAUUGUACAAUUGCACUUAAAAGCUUUUGUGCUCCAGACAAUUCAGCUGACUUUGGUAGAUGGGCUGGUUUUCUUGCUUGGCGUUUCAAUGGUGCAAAUGGUCAUGGCCGAAUAACAGAAUUUGUUAUUAUGAACGAAAUCAUGUCUGGACAGACAUUGCUGACAAAACUUGCAAAACAAGUCGCACCACGCCAGUGGGCAGUAGCAAUGCAUUCAUAUCCACCUAAUCUUAAACACGCCGACUUUUCCAGACAUGAUUUUCCAAAAAUUACCUUCGGAAAUCUGAAUGUUAUGGUUGGGUGGCUAAUGAAAACUUUUCCAAAUGUACCAUCGGCAUGGAAAGUGUAUCUGACUGAAAAUGGUAUCAACUCUUUGGAGCCAUUCUCUAGUGAGCAGAAACAAUCUGAUCAAUUGUGCAAUGCAUUCAGAUCUAUCGUGUCAACACCAAACGUUGAUUUGUUCAUCUAUCACAGAUUGAAAGAUAAUAAGGGAGAAGGGGAGCUGCACUUGGGUCUCGUGACUGAAAAGGGUCAGUACAAAAAGGCUUGGUAUCUUUGGGCUGAAGCGAAUAGAUUUGAUCACGGAAAAGCGGCAUGCGGCUUUGAGGAUUUGCCUUUUGUUAUUUUGAAACGAUGUGUAAAUACAACCAGUCACCAUCAUUUAACAACUACACGCCAGCCACCAAGUGGUUACAAGAUCGAACAACAGUGGAACAUUUAUCGUGAGGAACGACCGGGUACGAGAUUAAUCUUUGAGUGUUAUCUUCAACGAACUGGCCGCAAUUUCCCAAGUACACGUCAACACUGUGAAGAUCAAGAAAAUCACGGUCCACUGGGAUAUAUUUUCAUCCAACAGCACAACAAUACGGUGCCCGUCUAUCGUUGUCAAAAAAAUGGCGAUUACCUCAUGUCAGGUGAUCAGAAAUGUGAAGGUUUCAACAACGAAGGACUACUAGGUUAUGCCUACCGACGUUGA